AUGAAGUUCCUUCAGGAGGGCAAAACCGCAAUGGAGUUCCGGCGAGAAGUGGCGGCGCUCAGUCUCGGGCACCACAAGAACCUGCUCCCGUUCUACGGGGUUUGCAUGGAGGGCAAACAGCUGUGCAUCGUAACCAAGUUCAUGGCCGGCGGAAACCUGGCGGACUAUCUGGCGAAGCACGGGCCGCUCCCAAUGCCGAUGCUGCUGCAAGUGGCGCGCGAUGUUGCGGAGGGGAUGCGAUGUCUUCACAAAAAUGGCGUCAUUCACCGGGACCUCAAAACCGCGAACAUCCUUCUAGACGCCGAUGGUACAGCGAAGGUCGCCGACUUCGGGGUCGCGCGGUUGCGCUUCGAGAAGGACGAGAUGACCAAAGAAGUGGGCACUUACCGCUGGAUGGCCCCGGAGGCGCUCGGCGCGUUUUCGUCUACGAGCCCUGUUGCGCCAGUCACCCAAAAAAGUGACGUGUACAGUUACGCGAUUGUGCUCUGGGAGUUGGUCACGGGGGGCGUCCCCUACACCAAUUACUCCCCCCUGCAAGCUGCGGUUGGAGUCGCUUUGAACAACCUGCGGCCGCCAAUUCCGGCCAACUGCGAUCCCGCGCUCAAAAGCCUGAUGCAGCGAGCGUGGGAUAAAGACCCCUGGGUAAGGCCGGAGCUUGCGCAGAUAGUGGAGGAACUAGACGCGCUGAUACUCAAGCACACGCUUGUGCGGUCGAGGAUUGCUCCUCUGGGGGGAUCCCCCAGGAGGGUUCCACUGGGCAGGAGUGGCGGGGGGGGCUGAGUUGGAUUCUACCCAAGCGCAGAGGGGGUUGUAUCAAAGCUAGUAGUAUUAGCACGCGCUAAUAGUGGACAAACGCUUGUGCGGUCGAGGAUCGUUUCCCAGGGGGGUCCCCACGGGGGUUCCUUUGGGGGGGGGUUGGUGGGGGGGCUGGAGAGAGUUUCUGAUGGCGGAUGUAGCAUUAGCAUAAGGUAGUUGGAGGAGCCAAAGCGUCGGUACUCUUAAAAUGAUACGGGUGAGGAUUGCUCGGAAGGGGGGUUUCCCAUGGGGCGUUUUGUUGGGGGGUCGGCAGGGAAAACGGGUUGCCUUCGAGCGUGGGGGUAUAGUUAGUAGAGGCGGAACGGUAGGGAAGAUUAAAAAGUGUAAUAUCCUCUGACCAAAAGAACCAACGGCGGACGACCCAACGGUUAGCCAGCAGGUUUUGCUUCGCACUGAUUUAUGAAAGGGGGGCAGGAACGAAAACGGGGACAGGAGCAUUAACAAGAACGGGAAGGUAUAGGCAGAUAGGAGAAGAAGACUUGGAUACUGAGAUGCUCGGAGGUAACUAACGCCGUAAGACGCAACGCCGUCUGGACGCUAACAGCUUGCAAAAGAAAAUGGAACGUAAGUUAGCGCCGCGGUAAAGGGUUUCUAGUCAAGGUCUCUGAGGUCGGUUCGUUCGAGCUGCGAGAUGAUGAGGUAAAAC